GCCCGCCCCCUAGCACAGACAGCCCCAGGCACUCCCUCCCCUCCCCCAGGCAGCGCGUCCUCCGCCGCGGCCAUGCGCCCGCCCAGCCCGCUCGAGGCCCUGCCCGUCGAGAUCGUCCACCAGAUCCUCGCCCUGCUCGUGCACCCACGCUCGCGCCUGCCCGGGCUGUCCGAGGCCCAGAGCGCCCACGACUUCGCGCGCCCGGCCAAGCUGGAGAUCAAGAACCGUGAGGACCUGACCACGCCGCCCGACGCCCACCGCUGGGCCGCCGACAUCUUCGCCUUCAACGGCCUGCGCCAUCCCUAUCACGUGCUGGCCCUGACCUCGCGCCGCCUGCACGCCCACGUCGAGGCCUACUGCGCCCACCUGGUGCGCGCCUGCAACAUGUUCAACCUGCCCUUUGCCCACUACGACGCCCACGGCCCGGCCUGCGUCUACCCGGACCUGAGCCGCAUCGUCUACCGCCGCCUGUGGCUGCAGCACGCCCCGCGCCUGUGCAUCUACUGCCACGUCGGCCUGGACUGCUACCCCUUCCCCGUCGUCAAGCGCCUGAUCGCCGCCUGCCAGGACUGCUUCUACCGCCAGACCCUGACCGUCGACGAGGUCGAGCGCCAGUACCACAUCUCCAUCCCGACCCUGCUGACCUCGCCCGCCAUCCGCGGCCCGGGCCCCAACUCGCCCUGGGUCCUGCGCGUCGACGUCGAGGCCAUGGCCUUUGCCCUGUACGGCACCCGCGCCUUCCACGCCGCCCACGUCGACCAGUUUGCCAAGCCCUGCUCCAUCUGCGCCAUCACCCGCUUCUCGCCGCAGUUCGCCGCCAGCACCCGCAGCGAGCGCGGGCUCAAGCGCGGCACCACCCGGCCCGUGCGGCGCGUCGUGAGCCAGAAGCGCAAGGGCGCGCGCCGGUCGCUUGCGUGAUGUUCUUGGAUUCUCCCUUGCUCUUCUCAACAUCUGCAGACAUGUUCUUUACGGCCUACUUGACCUUCUCACGGCCGCAGACUUGUUCUUCACGGCCGCCAACUUGCUCUUCUCAACAUCUUGUCACGGCCGCAGACUUGUACUUCACGGCCGCAUACUUGAUCUUCUCACGGCCGCAGGUUCACGGCGUUCGGGUCCGACUUCGGUCGUGUUGCAUUUCUGCGCUGCUUUCUGUGAUACCUCUGGCUUACUUACGACUCAAAAUAAUGACAUGACUU